UCCAGCGCAGCCGGUGGCCGUGGCCGCCCCAGCGGGGCUGGGACCUCACCGGGCAAAGCCGGGGCAGCAGACGGGGUCGCGUCCCCGCGGCGGAGGCGGAGGCCGCCGGGAGCCCCUGGGCGGGCAGGUCGCGCUCCCCGCGGCUUCACCGCGGCAGGAAGUUGCUCAAGCCCCGCGAAGGCUGAGCGGUCACCAUCAGGCCGCAAAGAGGAACCGGGGCCGCGAUGGCAGCAGGAAAAUGACCCCCCGCCCAGAAGGCGCGCCGGCCCCGGGAGCGCAGGGCUGGGCCGCGGCUGAGCGGGGCCGGGGCUCCUCGCGGGUCGCCGCCCCGCCGGACUCUCGCCGCAGCCUCCGCGCCGGAGGCGCCCGCCCGCAGCCUGCAGGACGCCCGCCCGCGGCUCCUUCGCUUUCUGUUCGUGGAAACUUGUUCCCGUAAACGAAAAUCGAAAAUCAGAGACACCAGGAUCCGGGCUGGGGACGCCGAGCGGGAGCCCCCGGGGCCGGGCUUCGCUGCCGCCGGCCGGAGCCGCAGCCAGCAUGGACGUCCUCCGGCUCCUGAUGCUUCUGACGCCCGCCUGCCUCCCGCAGGAAGCCGCCCAGGGGCCAAAGCCACCGAUCCAGAACGUAAGGAUGGAUCCGGAACGGGGCAGAUUAACCUGGGAGCUCAAUGCACGUGCGUCUAAGAUUCUGUGCACCAAGGAUCCGGAUCAACAGCAGUGGGCGCAGGACACAUACUGCUCCUACCAGACUCUCUCCCUGUGCAACGUGACCAAGUACACGGUCCAGGUGCACAGCCCCCCCUUCUCCACCUGGAUCCUGUUCCCCGAGCGAGACGAGCAGCCCGAGACGGCCCCUGCAGACCUCAGCUGCUGGGUGCACGACGUGGACUUCAUGAGCUGCCGGUGGGCCGUGGGCAGGGCCGCCCCCAGCGACACCCAGUACCGUCUCUACUGGAAGGACCGGAGUCGCUACAGAGAGUGUGGCCACUACCAGACGGACAGCGGGGGCAGGCACGUGGGCUGUCGUUUCCCCGGCAUCUCCCAGUACCCCAGGAUCUUUGUGGUCAUGGUGAACGGAACCAGCCAGCUGUCCAGCAUCUCCUGCCGGGAUUACCUGGCAGAUCUGUAUGAAAUGGAGAAACUCAGUCCACCCAGCAUCACUGCCAAGUGUAACAAGAGCUCCUCCUUCAUGGAGUGGAAGAUGUUCAGCCACUUCAACAAGUACUUCCAGUAUCAGCUUCAAGUGCACAAGAGUCCAGGAACCAGCAUCACGGAAAACAUUUCCACAAACUUCUUCCAGUUGGCCAAUCCCGGCAACUACAUGGUGAAGAUGAGGGUCAGGUCCGACGGGAACGUCCACAGCGAAUGGAGCCCGUGGGGCGCCCCCCAGCGCUUCCGGUGUGACUCCGACGAGGAGCGGCCCGCGCGCAUCCUGCGCACGUCUCUGCUGGUGGCGGCAGGGACGCUGGCCGUCGCGCUGCUGGGGCUGUUGCUCUGCAAACGGUUCUCCUUGAUGCGGAGACUCUUCCCUCCCAUCCCCCGCGUGCGAGAGCCCGUCUGCGACCCCGUGCUCGGCGGCGAGCUGUUGGUCCUGGAGGCUGGCCGAGAGGACUGCCCAGUGGUCGAGGUGCAGGCUCUGGAGGAGACGUGACGCCCAAGCGCAGGACACGCGAGCCUGUCCGGCCGGACCUCUGGACAAGUGGACACCGCAGAGGGAGGGGCAGGAGACGCGCAGUCGGCGCUGCAAGGGGACAAACCGCGCCUUGGGUCUGCUUCCCAAGCGCCCUCCGCCUGCUCGCUGGCUCGUCGCGGGACCUCGCGCCAUCUGGGGACCCGGGACCGCCGCGCGCAGGCGGCUUCUACGUGGCCCCGCCCACUACACCCCGGGAGCGGUGGGAUGGUCCACCAUGCCCGCCCCAUUUGGGGUGGCGUCCUGCCGCCGCGGAUGGAUUUCCCUUCGCCGUCAAUCACCUAAAUCGUCUGCAGCCAGCCCGGUGGCGCGCUUCCACCCGUCUGUCCCCAGAGCCCAAGGGUGUGGGCUCCGGCGCCCCGUUAAUGGUCACCACACUUGAGUUCGCUGGGGACAGCCAGCGCAAACCCCAGGGGAAUGGCCUUGGCAGGGACUUUUGGAGAAAGCUGUCGGGCCCCGCCUACUGCCACUUUCCUCCAGCUCAGCUGGGGGCGGUCCUUGUCACUGUAGAGUCUCCGAAAUGACAGCUGGAGACCCGGGCACCUGGUCUUGACCCUGGCGAGGCGGUCAAGUCCACACCCGCAGCCCCUCCUAGAAUCAAGGGCCCCGUGAUGUUCGGAACAACUGAACCGGAUCGAGUUGUGCCCAGUCCAGAGCUGGCACCUGGGCAGGCCAGCUGGGCACCAGGGUCAGGUUCCCUGGGGAGGAGCUGCAGGUGACUGGGGCCAGUCCUGCAGGCUCCGGCCACGUGACCAGCACCCGACACCCUGAGCUCACAUGUCUACCUGGGCAUACCUGGACCUGCCCUCUGCAGCCAGGGACCCUAGAAGACCCAAGAGGAUCUGGGGUCCUCACGACUGGGGCACAGG